AGUCACUCACCCAGUCGGACAGUCGCGAGCUCGCAGGAACUAGUUGUUGGAGUAGACUGAGCGCAGGAGCACUUCAUUACACGCAGAGCACCAGCUGUGAGGGGAUAUUCACCUGCUGCUGCUGCUGCCGGGAACAAUUCAGCAGGAUUUUCAUUUAUUUCAACACACUCCGCCUUAAAGGCGCAGCUAACGACCCCUCUGCCGGACUCUCGCUCUGUCCUGAAGACAAACAAGUUUAUUCCGCCUUGAAUUGGUGCGCUUUUACGCAGAAACUGUCGCGCGUCUGAAGGUUUUGACUGUACGUUUAUCCCGAAGAGACUGCCUGGUUUUCAAAAACAGGGGACCGUAAAGCACCAUGGCGAGACAUGACGCCCGAAACUGGCAUGACUGCUCCAAAAUGAUCGGACUGCUCUGCCUGGUGGCGUCGAUAGUUCUUCAACACGGAGUGUCGGGUCAGCGGGUGAAGGUGGAGCCCGAGGUGUUGUCUUACCCCGGCCAGACAGUCAACCUGCGCUGUGCCUUCACUGAUGCCACUGGGAUUCAGCUCACAAUGGUCACCUGGAUCUACGAGCCGAAGGAUGGAGAGAGGAUCAACAUCGCCGUGUUUCUACCCAACUAUGAUCCCAACUACCCCGACUCACCGGUGAAGGGCAGAGUCAGCUUCGCGCCCAGCCCCCCCAACGUGGUCAGCCCCUCCAUCGAGAUCAGCAACGUGGGGAUGACCGAUGAGGGGAAGUACAUCUGCGAGUACGCCACCUACCCCAGCGGCAACGAGCAAGGCAUCACGCACCUCGUCAUGCUGGCUAAGCCUCAGAACUCGGCCUCCAUCGUGACCGUGGUGGCGGGCAGUAAGUCGGUCGUUGUGGCGCGCUGCGAGUCCGUGGACGGCCGCCCCCCUGCCAAGAUCUCCUGGGUGACCGCAGUCAAUGGCAACGGCACGACGGUUACCAAACCGGGCGCCGACAACACGGUGACGGUGAUCAGCGAGUACCGCAUGGUCCCCUCCCCCAAAGACAACGGGAAGGACCUGAGCUGCGUGGUGGCUCACAGGACGCAGGUCAAACCAGAGAGCUUCCCCCUGAAGCUGGCAGUGGAAUACGCCCCUCAGGUGACAAUAGUAGGUUACGACAAUAAUUGGUACGUGGGUCGUACAAAUGUGGCGCUCACAUGCCAGGCCACGGGAAACCCCACUCCGCUGACCGCCCAGUGGAAGACGAUGACGGGAGAGAUGCCCGACACGGUGCAGAUCACAGAAAACGUGCUGAAGGUGCUCAAGGUGGACGACGCUGUCAACACCACUUUUGUCUGCCAGGUCAAGAACCGCAUCGGGCUGGGCAGGGAUCAGGUCGCCGUCAUGGUCAGAGAGCCCUCAGUGAACCCAUCCAAUGCCGGCGUGGUGGCGGGAGCUGUGAUUGGCUCCCUGCUGGCUCUCCUUUUGGUCGCCGCUCUCAUCGCCGUGCUCAUCACCCGUAGCCGCCGGCAACAGCAGGGUUACCGCGCCAAUGACGGCAGCGACAUGAAGACGCGCAUGUUCGGCGGAGGCAAGAAGGCCAGCAAGAACGGCACGGGCGGAGGCAACGGGAGCGGAGUUGGAGUUGGAGGCGGAAACAACAAUGUGCCGAUCUACGUCUACGAUCAGGGCUCCUCCCAUCCGGGCCUCGGAGAGAAAAACAACCACCACCAGCCGCUCACCAUGGGGGGCGUCGCCAUGACACCCACCGCCCAAGAUAUCCUGCUGAGCAACGAGCUAGAUGACGGCGAGAGGAGGAAGUUUGACGAGCUGGAGGAGGAUGAGAGGUAUGAUAAUUUCACCGGAGGCGCCCCCAUCCUUCAGCUCCGCCCGCCACACGACCAGGACGAUAUAAUUGGAGACUACAUGGAUGACGACAUGGAGUCCCAGCGAGAUGGAUCCGUCAUCUCACGGACUGCUGUCUACGUAUAGAGGAGGAGAGGAAAGGAAAGGAGGAGGAGGAGAAGAAGAAGAAACAAGGAGGGAUGGAGGAUUCUUCGCGAGGAUUUUUUGGCUCCAGGGUCUCGGCCCUGUUCGGAUGGAGAAGAGAAAAUGAUAUCACUUUUAAUUUUUCGAGAAUUGAUCUUAAAUAUAGCCUAUUAUUAAUCACAGUGCUACCCCAGAAUGAACUGAGCCGACAGGAGGAAAGCAUAUUCUGGUCCCUAAGAACUGAAAAAUCAAAGACAGAAAACAAACCACUGCUCAUGCUAUCGCUAUCACUGGGACCUUGACAUGCUCUUGACAGACAGACUAAAAGAGAAAAACGAUGUAGUGUGGGAGUAGGAUAAUAGCAUCAUGAUACAAGCUCGGCUAAAGCAGAAGAAACUCUCUUGCAUGUUCACUCCUAUCUUCACCAACAGUGUUGAAGUGGUUGUCAAGCAGUUAGUUAAACAUACAUGCCUGCUUCUCUCCCGUGGUGAACCUUCAUGUAUUGUGCUGUGACAGCUGGUGGACACUUUGUAAUUAUGGCUGGGUUGGGAGGAAAACAUUUAGAGGUAUACUUACAGUAUUCAUCAGGAGAUUUAGCUAAGAAAAGAAAAGUAUUUGCUGCUGGCUAGCUCUCAUUUCCGCUCUCGCUGCCUUCCUCUCAAACUGCUCCACAAGCUAUCGACAUCCUUGUGUGCUGCACACAUACAGCAGCAUCGGACUCUAACUAUGAAAGUUUGAGUUCUUAACAAGGUACACACACAUGCAAACGUUUGUACUGUGCCUGGAGGAACGAGACGGUGAACAAGAGAUGAGGGAAUGAGGUGUAGCCGAUCUGACAGGGUCAAGGGACGGAGAGAGGAGGGAGAGGAGUCUCUUCCUCCUCAUCCUCGUCUCCUCAGAGCGCUCCUGACAGGAGGAGCUUGAUUGGUAAUGAGCCGUGAAGUCACUCGCUUAGCCGGCAACAACAGAUUGCCACCACUUAUCGUUUAUGACGUGACGAUUCCCCCCCCCCCCCACACACCUCUAUCUCUCUUAUCAUUCAUCCGUCUCUCUCUUUUCAUCCCCCUCUCCCAGUGUUUUAUGGGGAGUUUAUGAUUUAUCCAGUAACGUGGAGGUCAGGGCCACAGAGAGCAGCCGAGUAUUUUACUGCUCCUGAUGUGUCAAAUGCCCCACUUACUCUAUUCUUACUCUAUAUCCUGCCCGGACCCCCCAGGACUGACUCUCUGAUCCACCUGGAGGGCCAUGUUCGCUCCAAUGCCUCCUGCAGUAUUUUGUCAAUGGCCUGAAACCCCACCCCCCAAAAAUACAACCACUUGAGAUCUCAUUGUCAAUGAGAUCAGGUAACAUUUCUAUCCAUUAAGGGGUGUUGUUAAAUGUAGAGAAUUGAUCGGGAGACAUAAAAGGUUUCAUCAACUGCGAACCUUCGGGAGUCAUAUUGACUAACAGGCAUCAAGCAGUGAGAUGGCCCUUUACGAUGUGGCUUCAGGGCUGAUUGUCUCCUGACUGUUAAUGUAUCCUCAUAACGAGCCACCGGAGGCUCGCCCGGGCAAAUAUUACUCCGCGGGAACCGCACGCUGCUGUCUUGGAGGCAGAGCGUUUACAUCCGGCAUGCGUCACUGUGUCUAUGUAGCCACUAGAUGACUGUGAUGGACAAUCUUUGAGAGAAGCCCUACUGUAGCUCCUCUAAUCGGGCUUUCCCUGACCUUUCUAAUCAAAUCCUUCGUGACCCACUGGGAAUCUGGUGAGGGCAGCUCUCGAUGAGUGUACUGCCCUCUUAUAAGGCCUGCCAAAGAUCUGGGUUGCAGCUUGCUGCAGGUCAUGAGGUCAAAUGCAGAGCGACCCGCUGCCAAGAGCCAGGAUGACUUUGCCUGCCUGCAUUUCCUCUCAUAGCAAAUUAUAACCUUGAGCUAUAGAGGUGGGAAACACUUGCAUACACUACAUGUAUCCUUAUAGGGCCAGACAGUCCAUUGUGAAAGCUGUUGACCUUCAAAUAGGCGGAGAGAGGCGGAGAAGUGGCUUUUAGUGUUCGAACGCGGUCUAGCAUAUUGUAAGCCAGUGUUCAAUAAGAUUAUCGUCUGAUGGCCUUAGCUUAUAUAUAAACGCAGCUCCAGUCAACCCGCUGCAGUUCAUUAACUGAACCCAGCUGGUUUGUGACAACCACUAAAAAAAAAAUUACUUAUGUAUUACUUAUUUUUGCACUUGUGUGUGUCACCGCUACAAAGAGAAAUAUAAGUGUAAUACUUGGUUUUGGGGUCAAAAUAGCGAUAAGGGACAAAACUGUUGUAUGUACAUUUUGGUGUGAGGUAUCUGUGAACUAUAUAUGUAAGCAUCUUUAUUUUUCUUGUGAAAAUGUGGAUAUUUAUAACGAUGUAAAUAUCAGAUCGAUGGAGCCAGUGUUGUGGAAUAAAGAAGGCGUUCUGGGUCAGCUAAACCUAAAGUUCAAAUGUCUCAGAGGGCAGUCAGAAUGUAAUUUUUAACCUAAUGAAUACCUCGGCGGUUUGGGUGUUAAAAAACACUGAACCGACUGAGCUGAGUUGCCUAACAGUCGAUUUGUAACGGUGGGAAAAAUUAUAUAAUUGUAUAAUUUUUUUUGUGAAAGUUAACAUUGCCUGCAAUUCCACAAAAUAAGCACACCGUGUUUUUUUGCACAAUUGGCUUCUCCUUGACAGACACCCUGCACAAUGCAAAAAUACCCACAAUACUUAUAAUUUAUCAGGUAGACCGUAACCACACAAGCAGGCGGUGGUGUGUGUUGACUCAGCUCUGUGUGUGUAUUCAGUAGUGUGUAUUUUCGUGAUGCUCGGAGGCUUUGGGACAUCUCUCACUGCCAUUGGGGCUGUAACCUGAGUAGCCUCUAUUUAUGUCACCAUGGAAAACUGGCCAACUGAAGAUAUUAUUGUGCGUUUCCAAAACACACUUACUCGCACACACACAUACUGUACAUAUACAUAAUGCAGAGAAACAUUCUCCCACACACAAACACCCCUCAGUCACUCUCAUUAUGCUCACUCCCACAGCCAGACUGUGCCGAAGACACCUCAUACCUGACAACUUCGCCAUCUCCUGACAUAAGCCCACACAAAUUCGCUCGCAUAGCCGCACACACACACGCACACACUUCUUCCUCCGCUUCUUGCUCAGUGGCUCCGUCAGGACAUAUACUGUGUCCUGUUACAGUGAAAAGAGCCGCAAUGUGAUGUCCCCCCUGCUCCACCGCUUUCUAUUCUUCAAGACCUCACUCUGAAACGACCACAUUGAAGGGACAUUCACAUUCAGGGACACACACACCUUUCACCCGGUGCUGGAGAAACGGGCUUUUGGACCCUUUGUCCAUUCCACUUCGAGGAAUAUAGCUUUCAUAAAAAUGCCACUGUGCUGACCCGCUCCACCUCCCGUCUCACUUUGAAUGCUUUUAGAGCCGAGACUUCCUACUCGCCUCCAAAAUGUUUGUUUUUUUCAACUUUUCUCACUUCAGCAACCUCCGCGACCGCCUCCAUAAACACACACACACACCGUUGCCACCCACCUCAGCAUCAACGUUAAAGGCUUGUCAGACAAAAUGCUUUUAGAGGAAUCCACGAUCCCAGCCCGGGUCUAGCACAAGGUUAGGUAGUCAAAACACCCAAUAUUAAUCUUUAUUUUCCCAGAAAACCGCAUACUGUUGCUAUCUCUUCGGUUCCAAACAUUUGAUGACUAAUCAAAGCCUUAACAUCUCCCAUCUCACUUGCAAAAAAGAAGGAAUUAAAGAGAAAAGUUCCCUGUGUACAUAGUAUAAAUAUAUAAAUAUGUAGCAGAGAAAAAGAUAUUACUAAUUUAUGGUGUCACGUUUGUGUAUUUCUCAGUGACAGCAAGCAUGAAGGAUUUAUUUUCUCCUAUUACAGUUUCCUCUCUUCUGUUAUUUUGCAGUGCUUUAUAAUUUAUGUGCUUUAUUCUUGACUGCUGCGCAGAUUGCUGCCAAAACUGGCAAAUGUGCUUCUAUACAAAUGAACUGUACACACAUCAAACCAGUCGUACCCCCAAAUGUGCUUUUUAUUAUUGACUGCUGUGUAAUCGUUGGUUUUUCUUUUUUUGUAUUCCUUUUUUUUGUAUUUCCUAUUUUGUGAAAAAAAUAACUAAGAAAUUAGAAUUGUUGUCACCAUUUUGUCAUGUCUUUCUAUAUUUUUUCGUAUUUUGUUGCUAUUAAAGAAUUCUUGAUUUUUGAAAUGUU